AUGGAGAUAGUAUAAUUUGCUAUUUGGGAUAAUGGUUUAUUGUAAAAGAUAAUAUUAACUGAUGAUUUAUCUGAAAUGGAUUGUUAUAUUACAUGAUUACCCUUUUAAGUGUAUAUAUCAACAAAUGGAUAGAACACCUGGAAAGAUGGAUAAUGCUAGGAAUGUAAUUCAUUAAGAAAUUUAGUAAUACUGA